UAGUUAUCUAUCACUCCUCUAUAGUCACAACUCCAUGGCGUUUCUUCUCAAACCCACCCCCCACAACCGCACCUACACCCCCACACUCCUCCUCCGCCUCUUCUCCUCCACCCAAACCGACGCCGAACAAAUCUCCAAAAUCCUCCUCCACCACCACAACCCCUUCCACUCCUCCGAAUCCUCCCUCCAACUCAACGGCAUAACCCUAACCCCCAAUCUCCUAACCCUAACCCUAACCCUCCUCAAACACAACUCCAAAAUCGCACUCUCCCUCCACAACUUCUCCAAAUCCCUCCCAAACCCACCUCUCUCCCAUUCCUCCUACAAUCUCCUCAUCGACAUCGUCUCCAAAGUCCACCAAUUCGACCUCGCCUCCCAGCUCAUCGUCGAAAUGGACCAACACAACCUCCCCCCAUCACCUUCCACCUUCUUCAUCUUCAUCAAACGCCUCAUCUCCGCUAACCUAACCAAACAAGCCGUCCGCGAUUUCUUCGAAAUCGAACCCUUCACCGAUACCAAAUUAACCUCGGAUCACUUCACUUUCUUGCUCGACACGCUUUGUAAAUACGGCCACGUUAAACUCGCUUGUGACUUGUUUAACAAGAAUCACGACAGGUUUACGCCGGACGUGAAAAUGUAUACUGUUUUGAUUUAUGGUUGGUGUAAGAUUGGUAGGUUCAAGACUGCAUUGUCGUUUUUGAACGAGAUGAAGUUGAAACGGGUUGAGCCGAAUGUUGUUACGUAUAAUGUGGUAUUGAAUGGGAUUUGUAGGAAGGCGAGUUUGCAUCCGGAGGAGAGGUUUGAGAGGACGGUGAGGGAUGCGGAGAAAGUGUUUGAUGAAAUGCGCGAGAGUGGGAUUGAGCCGGAUGUGACUAGCUUUUCGAUUGUUCUUCAUGUUUAUAGUAGGGCGCAUAAGCCGCAGUUGGUUUUGGAUAAGCUGGGGUUGAUGAAGGAGAAAGGGAUUUGUCCGAAUGUGGUGACGUAUACUUCGGUUAUCAAGUGUCUUUGUUCGUGUGGGAGGAUUGAAGAAGCGGAGGAUUUGAUUGAUGAGAUGGUGAGGAAUGGAGUGAGUCCUUGUGCUGCGACGUAUAAUUGUUUUUUUAAGGAGUAUAGAGGGAGGAAGGAUGCGGAUAAGGCUUUGAAGUUUUUUAAGAAGAUGAAGGAGGAUGGGUUGUGCGAGCCGACGACGCAUACGUAUGGUGUUUUGAUCGCUAUGUUUUUGAAGGCGGAUAUGAUUGGGGUUGUUAAGGAGAUGUGGAGUGAUAUGAUAGAGAGUGGGGUUGGACCGGAUUUGGAUUCUUAUACGGUUUUGAUACAUGGGUUGUGUGAGAGGAAGAAGUGGAGGGAGGCUUGCCAGUAUUUUGUUGAGAUGAUAGAGAAGGGGUUUCUUCCUCAAAAAGUUACCUUCGAGAAACUUUAUAGGGGUCUCAUUCAGUCUGAUAUGUUGAGGACUUGGAGGAGAUUGAAGAAGAGGCUUGAUCAAGAGUCCAUCACAUUUGGUUCUGAGUUUCAAAAUUAUCAUUUGAAGCCAUAUAGGAGAUGAGCUACUGUUGGUUCAAAUGAGAAGGUUGAGUCAAAAGACUAUAGUUUGGGAUCAUUAGUCAAUGCCAUUCUGAUGCACAGCACAGGUUUCUCAUUGAGAUAAACAUAUACUUGCUUCUCUGUAGAGGUGUUACGAUACGAUUGUGAUAUUUCAUGAUUGCAGGAAGAAGAUUGAGCAUUUAGAAGUUAGACAUAGGGGAUGUAAUCAUGUAAAUAUGCAAGACUCAUGACAACUUUUUAGUUUCAUGGAAUUUAAGAUACAACGAUAUCAUGUCUAGUCUGUAUUCAGAAGAUAGAAAAGUUAUGUUUGUAGAAUAUUCAUGUCUUGAGGAAAAUUUCAAGAAGAUCAAGGCUAGGGAAUUCGAGAGGCACAGUUUAAGAAAAGAGGAGGUGUCAUUUGGAGCGAGGAAGAACAUUGGAAAUCUCUUGAAGUGAGCAAUGAGCAUAAACCAGGAUGAUUGAGAAGAGGAAUUAUCCAAUGAAAAUAUGCUUUCUAAAAUAAGGAAAUCCAAGCAUCUGGCUGGUUGCAUGAAGGCUGAGCAAUGGAAGUUGGAAAGUAAUGACAGCAGAGCAUACUUGAAGGAUGUUGAAUAUUUUAAUAUAUUACCCAUGAAUGUAAUACUCCAUUGGAUUUAGUUUUAUAAUUGAUUGAUGAUGGUUCUGUUUUUAUUUUCUGAAUGUAUAUCCAUUGUUUUGACACACUCAUCUCAAAUGAACAUAUGUUCACAUUUUUUUGUUAAAUUGGUUUUGAGGGGAAUCUAACCCUUUCAUU